AUGGAGAAGUCUGCGGGCCAGGCUCGCAUCUUUGACAGCAACGAGCGGACUAUCCUCAGUAAAGCAGUCGUCAAGCAUGGUUGUGCUGGCUGGAACGGUGUCACCCCGCAUCAAACCCAUACCAGAACAUGUGAUCUCGAAGUACCUCGUGGCCAUGGUACCGUGAAGUGUGGGAAAUACUUCGAAGUCAGAUACUUUCUAAAUGUCAUCGUUACCAGUGGACACACAAAGCUCGUCACCGUCCAACUACCGAUCGUACUCAUCCACAUGAAUUCUCUCGACGUGGUCCCCAACUCCGUCGCCCAAGUCGCCAUGGCCAUCGAAGAAAAGCGUACAGCCCGCCACUCUCCACCUCGCCUCGGUCGCCGCCCAUCUCAAUCCGUCCAAGGCCGCGCCUUCGCAGCACCGCGCAUGCAAUCCCUAGAACGCAUGCGCGCACGCGACGAAGCCAUCCAAGAACUUGGUCAAGCCCUCGAGCAAAGCCCGCGCAAAUAUGGUCUCCGCCGCGCGAACUCCAACUUCGACUACCACACCCCGCCUUCCAACCGUAAAGGCAGAAUCCUAGGCGAUGGCGAAGCAGCAGACCUCCAAGACCGUCUGCGUCGUGUAAGAUCGAACGAGACGAUUGGCUCGAGGCCUCCGACUCUUCACCGUGUCAACUCUACGCGAUCGAGAAUAGGCGCUGCAUCGGCGUUUGGAUUCCGAGAAGCAGAGGUUCGAGAGGACAUUGAACUUGGGGGACUGGGCGCAUCGGGUGAUGGGCCAUUGAAAGAGAGGUUGGAGAGAACUAGUGAUCGGCAGUAUCGCUUCAGCAAGAAGAAGAGUGUGGAGAAGUGGAAGGGCGUGGCGAAUGUGGGGGUUGGGUGGUUGAAAGGGAAUGGGGUUAAAGAUGAGAGGGAGAGGGAGGGAUGGGUGUGA